GUAACGACAACGACGACGUCGUCGAAGUCGAAGGAGGCCUUUCUUUAAAACCUGCGAACUGGCUUGCGACGCGCCCCAGUCAGUCUUUUAGUGCGUAUCUGCGUCAGAGGCGGCUAUGACAUCCUCCAUCCUGCUGCCGUGCUGCUUCCUGCUAGCUGCUGCAGCUUCGUUCGCAGAUGUCGCAUUUGCCGGGAGACCAAACAGACAACCUCCUCCAACAUCUGAUGCAGAAACUUCAGACCAAUGCCCAGAACCAAAUGGAUACUUCGCGGACGCUGAACAGUGCGACAAGUACUAUGAAUGCGUGAACGGUAAAAUUACAGAAAAGCUGUGCCCAGAUGGUAUGGUCUUCAAUGAUUACAGCAGCGAAUAUGAGAAGUGCGAUCUACCUUUCAACAUUGAUUGCAAGUCUAGACCUAAACUACAGCAGCCGCAGCCUAGCGAACAUUGUCCUCGUAAGCACGGUUACUUCGCCCAUGAAGAAAAAAAUAUAUGUGAUAGAUUCUACUACUGCGUAGACGGCAAAUACAACAUGAUAACUUGUCCGAAUGGGCUCGUCUACAACGAGAACGCAGGCAUUUGCUCUUGGCCUGAUGAGGCUAAGAGAAAGGGAUGCACCUCAGAAGGUAAUUUACAAAGAGUAAAGUGGGAUUAUAUGGCAACACAAAUUUCACACUCUAACAAGCAACAAACCCAACCACAUGGACAAGUCGACAUCUUAGAGCGUGUAUAUUUGAGUAUGUGACGUGAAAUGCUUGUUGAAAUAAUCCCAGUCUGAAGAAUGGUUAGAAGUGAACAUGUCGAAUGAUGCGCUAUGGCCAUAUUACCCGUAGGUACCUAUGGGUAAUAUGGCAUCAUGCUUUGCGGAAUAUGGCAACCUGCUCUUCUCGUAAAAAUGGAACAAGUUUUCUUAGGUUAGAAAAAAUAUAUAAUCCUUACAACAUAACAAGUAUUAUUAAAUAAUACAACGAGGCUAAUAAAUCGCAUACCUCCAGAGGUCUGGAGGUUCCUACUAGUUGAUUUAGUAGGACACAAUCGCUACAAUAUAUGUUUGUAGGAGUACAUAUCUCGUGAACCCAGUCAUGGCAUUUACAUUGCAACCAAUCACAUUUGGAACCUUUUUUAUCAAAAUAGAAUCUCUACUGUAGGCAUAUUACCCCACAUUUUACCUUAUUUCAUAAAAAAGUAGCAACACCUAUUUUAGAUACAUUUAACGGAUUGUUCCACCAAAAAAAGUUAGGUUACUAAUCGUAUGUUGGCAUACUCUUAUUGAAAUUGGAUUAAAAACACUUACAACUUUUUUUAUCACUGAGUAUAACUUGACUUAUAUAUAUUUUCUAAACGGUCCUUACCUUUAUACUGACGAUAUAUUCACUAAAAAACUAAUCGCUUUGAUUCCUGAGGUAUUCACAGAAGAUUGCUACAUUACACCAACGUGUUAAAAUUAACACUGUUGCCAAAUAUAGGCUCAAAGUGAAGAUAACAAGCUGCGGCGUAUUACCCAGCGCGGGCGUAUUCCCCCUUCCCCCACUUUACUCUACACUGUUCGAAAUAUGGAAGUUAAUUACAUUUUUAUGUUCAAAAUUAAAACCAGCACCUCACCAAUUUGAACGUUUCUCCUAAUUUUACCGAGUUACGAAUGUUUCACUUUGGCUUGAAACGGGUCUAAAUAUAUUUUUUGCUCAAAUUACAAAGAACCAUUUUAAGCCUCAUUCCCCUUUCUCCAGUCAUUUAAAAUAUGCACAUUUCAAAAAUGCGUUAAAUUCUAAUCAGAUAUAAGCAAUAAGCUUUAAAUAUAGUCAUAUAACAAGUAGGGCUAGGGAAUCAAUCAUACCAUAGACCAUAUCAAAACCGUGAAACAAAGGAUUUAAAUCUUGAGUGUGGUAAAUGGGUGGGUUAAGCUGUAAUAAUAGAUGGAAAUUUCAAAGCGAGUCUUCUCGAAAGUAUUGUCUUCAACGGAGGUAUUUGGUUCGCUUUCUGUGGCGAGCAGUAUACAAAAAUCAACAAUGGUUAACAACAUCCAAUUGGGGCUCUAAUAAUUCCAAAAUGCUGUUUGGUCGAAAAGUAAUAGUUGGCACUUAUGUGAUCGUGUUUGUAUAGAUCUUAUACUUCAGAAAGAGGAUACUUCGAUUUGAUUUCGUUAUUUGUCCUGGCAAGAGACCAAACUCGUACCGUGCUGAUGAUCGCGAAUAAGCAUGAAAUACCUGUACACGGUUGGACCGGUGUGGUUGGAGUAACGGAAGUAGCACUGUUAAUCACGUCUACCUUUUCAACUAAAUCGCGUUCACAUGCCUGUAGGAGGGGGUUAGAUUUCGGGAUUGAGUUUUGUUGAUGUUUGCCAUUUUUUUUUCGCCACCUAAAGCAAACCAAGUACGCUGUUACCACAAUUCUCUCAGGUAGAUUUGGAUUGGUAUUACCAUGAUACCUUUUACACCAUCUAUGUUGGAAUAUAAUUCCUAACUUGACGGGUUGGGUCUAGUGACAUGCAGUGCAUUGUUGUAAGGGUCGAAGAAAAACAAUACACGAUGGCCAGUUUCGGGGGCAAAAAGUAUUCAUAACAUCUAACGCAUUCAUCCUCAGAAAAAGUGAAUUUUCUCGACCGAUUCUGUACGUCUCUCCAGUCACGGGAAGCUAUAUUCGGGUUUCUUAUCCCCCAAAUUUUCCAUAAUAUAUGAGUGUUGAUCCAGAAAUAAGGAUCCUUUCGAUUUUAGACAAAUAAAACAUUGUUCAUUUUUAUACAAAAUUUACGUCAUUGGAUAGAUGAAACUAUGCUUUUCCGCAUGACCGCCAUUUCUUUCUACUCAUUUUUGUAGACGGUAUCCCAAUGACAUAGAGCUCCGCUGCAAACCCAUUGAGGAAGCGUUUUACCUUCUCAUCACCUCUAGGGAAGCAUGGAUCACUCAAAUAUUC